CAUACUCAAGAAGGAUUUGAAUCGCACUGACUCUUCGCUCCACUCUGAAAUGCCAACUCUCAGCUCUCUUCGCUCUUAUCUUUGCUCUCCUUCUUCGUUCUUAUCGCAGCUCCAGUCUGUAAGCACCCUUACUCUCUAUGUCUGCCUUAUCGUUCACAAGAUUCUCAGGCAUAUAUUCUUUUUUAUAUAAUAACCUACAACAAAUCAUGUAAACUGAAGCGACAAAUAUUUUGAAAUCUUUACUAACAUACUCGAGAUACAAAUGUUAACAUUAAUAUCAUACAUGUUUCAUACAUAAUAUUUUUGUAGGCCAUCAGUCCUCUGUGGGAAGUUUGGAUACGGUCUUAAAAAAUCAGGGACUCAUUCUUCAAGAAUUAUUUUCCAUUAGAAAACUAAUGAAAGUGGCCCCCAGAACAUGCGAAUGUACUCCAUCUUUGGUUAGUAGUAGAUAUACAAUCCCCAUUAACGAAAUUGCUGAAUUAGUGAAACUGGAUCAACUUUUAGGGGAAAAUGUAGAAGAAGAAAAAAAAUUCAUGAAGAAUAUGGUUCAAGUCGGUGGAAAAAAUGUGCAAGUUUGUACUUAUAGAAUCUUGGAGAAACUUUUAACAUCGGAGAUCUCCAUGCAAAUGAAUUGGAGUGGAAAAAAUCCGAAUAAGUUUGCUGUCACUAAUUUGAAGCACCUGGUACGAUGUGUUGUUAAAUCAGUAUGUUUAACAGUCAACUGCACAGAAGAAGAUGUGGAAACCUAUAUAAAAAACUAUUUGAGAACUGCCAAAGAUCGUCUCAGAAUUAAAAACAAACCUCCGAAGGUACAAACUUUCAGAAAUAGUCCACUCUGAACAACAUACAAUGGAUAUGAAGUAUUCAAAAUACUUGAUCCGAAGUAAGAAGAAAACGAAGCUGUAGAAACAGACCAGAUGCUUUUCCCAUAAAUUAUUAAUAUUAUGUUCUUUGAAAUAUAUUUUCGUGAAGCAGUCGAUGUUACCCACUUUUAUCUGGGUUAUCAACCUUCCACAAUCUGAAAAAAAUCUUAAUCAGCGAAGAAUCUGCUGAAGUGCAAGUCCAAUUAGUCAGUAAAUUCUAUAUAUAAUUAUUGCCUUCGAAUAAAAUAAAUUAUUGGAGAAACGAAGUUGUUCACUUAGUUUUCAGAUAAUGGCUGGAGGGUAUUCUCGAACGGUAUUUUCGAAACGUUAGCCAUUUUGUCCAAAGGUUACUAUAAAAUUCCAUUUUUCAAUAAUUUAUUUUAUUCACAGGCAUAUUCAUGAAUACAAGUUACUCUACAAGGUUGCUAUUUUGCAGUUACUUUUCUUGAUAAACUAGUUUGUACUUCAUCAAACUUGACAGAUCCUCUGUUGAAUUAAUUUUAUUCAUAUUUCAGAUGGUGGAAGUUGAAAACUCCAGGAAACAGCCAGGAAUAAUGUUAUCUCAUUGAUAUAGUUUUUAUUGUAAUCCAAAUUUAUAUUAGCAACAUUGAAUAAUAAAUGUGUGUUCGUUAAA